CGCCUUGCUUUUGUUCGCGCGGGGCAGCUGCGGGGCAAGAAGGCGGCGGCGAGCGGCGGAUGGCGGCGGAAGGGCGGGGUUGGAGGCAGCCUGCGGCGAUGCACCUGCGUGGCCCUCCUGGCCAGUUCAUAACCCGGCGGCCGGUCUCCACAGCACCGAGGUGGCGUUGAGGGCAGGCAGCUUCCCUCUUCUUUUCCCCCCCACCCCGCCUCCGGGUCUGAGCAAGCAUCACCAUGCCCUGCACCUGCGGGAACUGGCGGCGCUGGAUCCGGCCGCUGGUGGCCACGGUGUACCUGGUGGGGUUGCUGGUGGCCGUGCCGCUCUGCGUCUGGGAGCUGCAGAAACUGGAGGUUGGAGUUCAUACUAAAGCAUGGUUUAUUGCCGGUAUCUUUUUAUUGAUGACAAUACCAAUAUCUCUUUGGGGGAUAUUACAACAUUUAGUUCAUUAUACUCAACCAGAAUUACAGAAACCAAUAAUAAGAAUUCUAUGGAUGGUGCCAAUUUACAGUUUAGACAGUUGGAUUGCGCUGAAAUAUCCCAACAUUGCAAUAUAUGUGGAUACUUGUAGAGAAUGCUAUGAAGCAUAUGUGAUCUAUAACUUCAUGGUAUUUCUUUCAAAUUAUCUGAUCAACCGGUAUCCAAAUUUGGUGUUAAUCAUAGAAGCCAAAGAUCAGCAGCGACAUCUGCCACCACUGUGUUGCUGUCCACCAUGGGCUAUGGGAGAGGUGUUGUUGUUUAGGUGUAAGCUUGGUGUUUUACAAUACACAGUGGUCAGACCAUUCACUACUAUUAUUGCUUUAAUCUGUGAAUUGAUUGGUGUUUAUGAUGAAGGAAAUUUUAGUUUCAAAAAUGCCUGGACGUACCUGGUAUUUAUCAACAAUAUAUCCCAGCUUUUUGCCAUGUAUUGCCUUGUGUUAUUUUAUAAAGUACUGCGGGAAGAACUGAAUCCAAUCAGACCUGUAGGAAAAUUUCUCUGUGUGAAGAUGGUGGUUUUUGUUUCCUUCUGGCAAGCUGCACUUAUUGCAAUAUUGGUGAAAGUUGGUGUUAUCUCUGAAAAGCACACAUGGGAAUGGCAGAGUGUUGAAGCUGUAGCAACUGGCCUGCAGGAUUUUAUCAUCUGUGUUGAAAUGUUCUUUGCUGCAAUUGCUCAUCAUUACAGUUUUACCUACAAGCCUUAUGUGCAAGAAGCUGAAGAAGGAUCAUGCUUUGAUUCAUUUCUUGCAAUGUGGGAUAUUUCAGAUAUCAGAGCAGAUGUAACAGAACAGGUUCGCAAUGUUGGAAGGACGGUAUUUGGUCAACCAAGGAAAAUGUUUUUUGGUGAGGAUCAGGAACAAAAUGAACAUACAAGUUUGUUGUCAACAUCCAGCCAAGACCCAAUUUCUGCUGCUGCUUCGGUACCAUCAUCACCUGUGGGUCAUUACCAAGGAUUUGGACAUACUACGACUCCAACAAUGCCUUCUGACCCUAUAGCUGCUGAUUUGUGUAAUUCUGUAGAACAUAAUGAGGAUUUUUCUGUUCAACCAAAUAAGCGUAUAGAUAAAAUUUAAAGCUCUGUUCAAAUAUCUUGAGGGCCUUUCUUAGACAUUACUUACUAUCUGCUACUCUUACUUUGGAAGUACAUUUCUACAGUAGAGUUAUUUAUUGAAGAAAUACUAAAGACAGGUGGUUGGGCUUUACUUUUUACUCUCUCAACUAAAGUGAAAUAUGCAUUUGUUAUUUGAUGAAGUUAACCAUGCAUAAAGAACGUAGUUUUAGUGCUAUAAUAUAGUACAUAAAUAUUGAAUUUGAAUAUUGAAAGAAAAUAAUAGGGAACACAUAAUGUAUACGAUUGAAAACAACUCAAUCUGGCAUAGAAUUCUUACAGUAAAUGAGAGCACAUGUUGAGAUUUGAGAUGGGGACAGGUUUUAAAUAGGAUUCAAAUUCUAAUUUUUCGAUUCACCCUUUUAAUUAACUUAAAUAUACCAGAAUCUUUACAGAGCUAAUAUUUAAAGACUUUACUAGGUCUAGUGUCUUGAAAUUGUUCUUUUUUUUUUAAAAAAAGGCAUGAUCAGCAUAUACUACUAAAGUAAAGCUAAUUUGUUUGGGUUGGCCUUGUAGAUUGAAUAAUUUAACAGUGUUUUCAAGCUUAGCAAUUUUAAGAUUGUUGACUUCAACUUCCAUAAUUCAACUGGGGAAUUAUGGGAAUUGAAGUCCACAUUUCUUAAAAGUUUCCAAGCUUGGAAAACAUUGAUCUGAAAAUCUUUAUUAAGAUUGUAUUAAGUGUAUGUUAUACACUACUGAAUGAGUUUAAAAACAUUCUUGUUAGCACUAUCAAGUGAAAGAUACUUGUCUAGGCAAAAACAAAUAAUUAUACAGUUGUAAAAUACAUGGAUGUAAUAAAACAAUAUGGGCUUUAAGUUUUCUCAUCUUUUUUUAAUCAUGUUUAUACAUGUUUUGCAUGCUUGCUGUUACACAUAUAAAAAUUUGCACCAAGAAUUGUAUUUUUGAAAUAGCACUUUCAAGAGCUCAAUGUUUUAAUAUUCAAACAUGAGGUUUUUCUUAAUUGAUCUUGAAAUAGGUACAGUGAACUCAUGCUACAAGUAUUUUGCAGUACUACAGUAGUAUGUUUGUAAUUACUUGGCCUUACUGGACUACAUAUUUUGUUUAACCUCAUUGUGUCCUUAAGUGAAAUUGAUUAAAGAGGCAAAAAGGGUGUACUUAUUGUUUCAUACUGUAUAUAACUAAAUAAACUUUUAUUUAAAA